AUGGGAUGGGUCAUGAACUGGUCGCCGACAUCUAAUCAGUCAUCUAGUGCAUCACAACCCGACACAGCAGGAGUGGAUAGCCGUGAAAAUGCAGACCCUGGAGCAUCUGCGGCAGAGAGCACGCAAGUUUCUCCCAACCUGUCAGGACGUGCAUAUACAGCAACUGCUGUUAUACCUUCAGCCAGGUGCAAGCUACGCCAGACCACUGCUGCAAACGGCACCGGCUACCUGAAAACCGAGUGCUUUGGUCACUUGAUAGCCCCCACAGGCUGUUGCUUGCUGUCGUCUAUGCCAGGGGUCUCAAACUCAGCCAGCGAAGAAGGGUGUGGGGUGAUGAUGCAGCUUGAGAAUGGCCUCGCAAGGAAGCGUGCCCGAGGAGUGAGCCACUGGAUGUGCCGGCAGUGCAACUACACGACGCGACACCGGGGCCACCUCAACCAGCACAUGGUGGUGCACUCCGGCAAGCGGCCCUUCGUCUGCCACCUCUGCCCCAUGGCGUUUAGCCGUCGAGCCACCCUGGCCAACCACGUGCAACUGCACGACCGCGACAAGAAGUUCCUGUGCCGCUUCUGCCCCAUGGCGUUCAACAUCAAGUCGGCGCUCGACCAGCACAUCAACACGCACCUGGCGCCGUAG